AGAGCAGAACAGCAGGAAGCCCUGGUAGUUGAGAUUGAGUCGCAUCACCCCCUCCUUCGCCUCCUGUGCGGAAGUACAGAAGUUGUAGUCCACUACACUAGUACGGAGCAGGAUGAUGUUUAUCUUUAUUCACACGGUCGUGCUGUACUAGAAAUAUCGGACCUCCACCUGUUGUUCCUGGAAUUUGAUUGGCGUGGACCGAUGAGCGAUUUUCUUUUGCUUACAAGAACUCAGGACCUGUAGUAGUUCGACGACCCGAUAAAACAAAUUUUGGCCACAACUUUUUCCACUUGAUUUAUUCCUGGAGUACAACCUAGAAAAACAAUCUUGCUGCACGCAAAGACAAAGACAAAGAGACAACGUAGCUAGUAGAGCAGCCAGUAGUUCGUUGUGCUACCGAGACGAGCAGAAUUCGCUCAAAAUGGCGGACUCCAGCAGCGGGCCAGCCGAGAUAACCGAUCCGAUCCCGGAUCCACCGAAGAACCAAACAAAAGUCGGCGCUGCGGUAACCUACCUCUCCGAAAAGGGAACCCUAUGCAUUUUUACAAAAGCAUCGUACUUUAGUACAAAUUGCAUCACAAAUUUUUAUUUUCGCAGGAAGCUGAGACACAUUUUGUUUGUCAUGUUGAUUUGCCUAUAGGAGAGAGAUCUGUAUAUGCAAGAUUGCAAUUCGCAGAAGUGCGAUACUUUUGCACAGGAUAUAUACAAAUCGUCGACAAAACGAAGGAGAAGGCAAAGGAGACCUACUCGAAGCUGCAGGAAAAUGAAAGGUAAAGAGUUAUGUUUUCUACUACUGCUCUUGCAUGACAGUGAAACCCUCUAUUCUUGCGUCCGCAUGACAAAUGUUCGAUCUUCGUUUGAGGUUCAGACAGUUCUUGGUCGAUGUGCAUGACAAAUUCUCGUUCAACAUUUGGUGGAAAUUGAAGAAAAAACAACAGGGUAAAGAACUUAACGGAGAAGGGCACCGCGAUGGCGGCGACCGCACAAGAAAAGGCGAAGGAGUAUGGGACUCUCAAUUGUUACAUUCUCAACUGUUACAUGAACUUGGAAUGCAAGAAUAGGAAAACUCAAAGGGGGACAAUUGCGCCUCUAGCAUUACAGAUUCCGCACAGAUUUCAAUGCUGUUUAGCCCUCCGGGAGUUUGUCAUGCGAAGUCGCUUCACCCUGUUGAUGUUGAUGUUGAUUUUGCAUGGCAAAUCGUGUAACAGUUGAGAAUGUAACGUUUGAGACGGCCAUAAGAAGAAAUACGGGGAAUUCCUGGCAAACGAGAAGGUGCAGAAGACGCUUGAAAAAACGGAGGAGUACAAGUCCAAGGUCAUCGAAAAAUCCGGCGAGAUCAAGUCGAAAGUAGAGGAAAAAACAAAGGAGUACUUUUAUCGCAAGGAAAAUAAUACACCUCGACCUCUCCACCACUCCAAAACCACACCUGACUCGACCUUGCUGUGGCUUGAUGUCUUCUGACAUGACAGGCUCACACACUGCUGGUCUGAAAGAUGUACAGAUGACGCUGGUGCGGCACAUUAAAGGUCUACUUUUACUUUUUGUUUUGGGGAACAAGCGGAGGUGUCUGUUUUUCAUUGUGACACCUGAGAUAAGACGAAGGAGGUAAAGGAGCGAGCAUCGGUAAAAUCGAAGGAGCUGUGGUCCAAGGGGAAGGGAUAUCAAAAGGAAAAAUCCCCCCUCUCCAUAUCAAAACGAAGUUUCUGAUGCUGGAUUUGCGUACACAAAUCAGAUUUGUCUUGCUAGAGACGACUGCAGGCAUAUGUCAAGCCUCAGUCGAGAGGUUUUGACGUAGGCGCCUCGCAUGACAAACGUGUAUGCUCUAAGCCCAACAGCAUCACAAACCGCCUGCAAAUUGCGGAACGCUUUCUGGACUUGCCUUCUUGCAAGACAGACAGGAUUUGAGGUCACAAAUGCGCAUCACAAAUUUUCAGACGGAUACGCUUUCGAUAUGGGGAGGGGGGAUUUUUCCUUACGAUAAGGGAAAAAUCGUGAAAAUCAGAAACGUAUGUAUUGCAAAACAACCUACUUCGUACUAGUGCCAUUUCGGUGUAGUUGCAUGAUAAAUUUUUGGAAAUGAAGUGCAGUAUUCAUACAAGUUGGUCCUGGCAUGCCAUUUCAGGGUAUUAAAAAAGCAAAUGUCUCAUUCGCGACUGCGAUGAUUACACGAGUACGAUCAUGCUGUUUUUGCACUGCAUAAGACGAGGUGGGCCUGGUGUGGGGAAAAUCCGCACAGGAAGUCUUGCUCCAGAGGGGGGAAGCAGCAAAAAAAUGGAAGGAGAUCAAGGUACGUGAAAUGCUAACCUACAUACCUACGCGGUCUUCUUCUGCUGCUGCUAUAGCUUCUCGUGCUCUAUUUGAAUUUGAUGUCGCGUUUUGUGGUCAGCUACAACCUCUUCUAUGUCGAAAAAAUCUGAAUUUUUACCCCAGAUCCGCGGUGCCGAAGAGCUCUCCGUGUCUGCGCGGUCGGAAUACACAACCGCCUACCUGGUCGAGAAGGGAACCCUGAUGCGAUGGAGUUUUCGGGUGAAGGACUUCGAUAUCGGUUUCGGGGUGCGCGUAAGGGUCAUGCAGGACGGCGGCUCCGUGGAUAUCACAGGGAAAUUUUCAAAAUCUGUCCCGGUCGAAAAAUAAGAACAACUUGUGAUCCACUUCUACACUUCCGCUAUUAUAUUCGUUGAUGUGAAGAAUGCAAUAGAACAAGGACAGCCUGAUAGAGGCAAAGGCAGCAUGACAAGUUUUUGAAUACAGGCAGUGCAAAAUGAGUUCACUCGCUUUGAGCAGCAUGAUCAAUGAAUCUGUGAUGCAUGACCAGUACAAGGUUCUAUUCCUUCCAGACCCGGACCGAUUUGGAGUUGGAUACUUCAGGAAGACGUGUUACCAGUGGAACGAUACGACAACGUGGACACCAUCGAAGGCAGUUGGGUGGCCGAUGAGGACAGUAUAGAAUGGAUUUGAUGCUUUUUGACGAAUCAACCAGUUCCUAGUAAAGUUGUAUAGCAGAAUGCUUGCUGUUGCUGCUACGCAUGACAGAUGUUUCGAUUCAUGAAAAAUUCGCAUGACAAACAUUACGUACUACAACUACAUUCAACGCAGGAACCAUGGUGCUGGUCUUCGACAACACGUAUUCGAGAUUUUAUCCCACUGUUGAACUGCGCGUGGUCGUUUUGAGUCAAACAGAAAGCAUUUGUAUUUGAGUCAUUUGUCUUGCGUUCUUUUUGUACGCGACGAGCAGACACAAACUUUGCAUAUGAGCAUCUUCACACUUCGUCGUAAAAUUUGAAAAGUGCAGGGGCUGCCGUCUAGAGGGACAGAUCAGGAGAGGGUGUGGUCUUUUGCUUUUCGCAACAGCAAAGUGGAUGCAAAUAAACUGAAUGAAAUUGUUACGAUGCACAAGCGCAUUGGCCGCGUUCGAUGCAUGACAAGUUUCUUCAACAUAAUGACAAGUUUCUUCAACAUAAAAGAAGAGAGCUGUCCUAUUUGACUCAAAACUACCACUGCUACUUUCCCUGAAUACCGGACGAUCCAAGAAUGUGGCCUUCCUCGUGGGCACGGAGCCGGCGGGUAAAGAUGAGGUCGAAGAAGAGGCGAGCUGACUAGUACCUUCUCUACCAAAAUCUCCGAGUGUGAAAAAUAACCUCAACACAAUGAAAACUUAUUUGACGUCGCAAGAUGAACAGAUGUAGAAACUUGUGCGCCGCGCAACAGAUGAAACAGUUUUGAUGAAAUCAUUUUUAUUUUACCAUUACCGCAUCCGCAAUAAACAAUAAUUGAAAAGCUUGAAAAUAGCAAAGGAACAGUGCAGAAGUAAGCUUCUAACCGCCGUCGUGGCAACUGAUACUGAUGAGUUUAGAUCUAUCCGUACGUAUAGAGGGAGUAUCAGACGUACAGAGAAGACGCACUUCGCUCCUCCAGCAGAUCUUUUCUGUCGUCGUCUUUCGUGUAAUCAAGUAAAGUAUCUAUCGUGUAGUAUGACGGCGUGAAAAAUCAGGUGGACCCGUAGCUGCAAGUUUUGAAGAUGACAAAGCCCGGUGAUUUAGUAUCGUGGAAAAAGUCGACGUAGAUGGACAAGAAAUUGUCCUCGAGACUGCAACGCAUGCUUCUGUUAACAU